AUCAAACUCACACGGAAGAGCUUUGCUAGCAGUACUGGGUUACCGACGAGUUUGGGGGAAGAUACACGAAACGAAUUUAAUAUUCAAAGCAACUUGUGAGGACUCCACCAAGCAAGAAAUCCCACGUCUUUUUGGCUGCUGAAGGGACUGGCUGUAAGCGACCGGGUUCCAACAUGGAGACGCCACAGAGAAUUCACCCAAACAGGCAAGUGAUGGCCUUUAUGUUGGGAGUGUUCUUGUCUCAGGCUCGCUCGGAGCCUAUUCGCUAUUCUGUGCUGGAAGAAACAGAGAGCGGCUCCUUCGUAGCCCAUCUGAGCAAGGACCUGGGCCUGGGAUUUGGGGAGCUGGCCGCCAGGUCGGCCCGGGUGGUGUCUGACGAUGACAAGCAGCGCUUGCUGCUGGAUCGUCAGACUGGAGAUUUGCUUUUGCAGGAGAAACUAGACCGGGAAGAGCUAUGUGGCCCCACUGAACCGUGUGUGUUGCAUUUCCAACUGUUGCUGGACACACCGGUGCAAUUUUUUGAAGGAGAAUUAUCAGUCCAGGACAUAAAUGACCACUCCCCAGUAUUCCCGACUGGGGAAAUGCUCUUGAAAAUACUGGAAAACAGCCAGCCAGGGGCUACUUUUCCCUUGAAAUUAGCUCAGGAUUUGGAUGUGGGCUGCAAUGGUCUUCAAAAAUACACUAUCAGCCCCAAUUCAUAUUUUCACGUUCUUACUCGAAAUCAUAGUGAGGGUAAGAAAUACCCAGAUUUGGUGCAGGACAAGGCGCUGGAUCGAGAGGAGCAGCCCGAGUUCAGCUUAACCCUCACGGCGCUGGAUGGCGGGUCUCCACCUAGGUCUAGCAGCGUCACAGUGAGAAUCCUGAUCAUGGAUGUUAAUGACAAUGCUCCCGAGUUUGUGCGCACCCCAUAUGAGGUGCAGGUCCUGGAAAACAGUCCCGUAGAUUCUCUGAUCAUUACUGUCUUAGCCAAGGAUAAAGACGCUGGAAACUUCGGGAAAGUUUCCUAUGGCUUGUUCCAAGCAUCAGAUGAUAUUAAGCAAACUUUCUCAUUAAAUGAAGUCACAGGAGAAAUCCGACUGACAAAGACAUUGGAUUUUGAACAAAUUAAAUCUUACCAAGUGGACAUUGAAGCUACAGAUGGAGGCGGCCUUUCUGGAAAAGGCACCGUAGCCAUAGAGGUGGUGGACGUAAACGAUAACGCCCCUGAACUGUCCCUAUCGUCACUCAUCAGCUCUAUCCCAGAAAAUGCCCCUGAGACCACAGUCUCCAUCUUCCGAAUUCGAGAUAGAGACUCUGGAGACAAUGGAAAGAUGAUUUGCUCUAUUCCAGAUAACCUGCCAUUCGUUCUAAAACCGACUUUCAAGAAUUUCUACACCCUGGUCACAGAGAGCCCGCUGGACAGAGAGAGUCAGGCCCAGUACAACGUCACCAUCACCGUCACCGACUUGGGGACCCCCAGGCUGACAACCCAGCACAACAUAACCGUGUUGGUCUCUGACGUCAACGACAACGCCCCCGCCUUCACCCAAACCGCCUACACCCUGUUCCUCCGCGAGAACAACAGCCCCGCCCUGCACAUCGGCAGCGUCAGCGCCACAGACAGCGACGCGGGCGCCAACGCCCAGCUCACCUACUCACUGCUGCCGCCCCACGACCCGCGCCUGCCCCUGGCCUCGCUCGUGUCCAUCAACGCGGACAACGGCCGCCUGUUCGCCCUGAGGGCGCUGGACUUCGAGGCGCUGCCGGCGUUCGAGUUCCGCGUGGGCGCCACGGACCGCGGGUCCCCCGCGCUGAGCAGCCAGGCGCUGGUGCGCGUGCAGGUGCUGGACGCCAACGACCACGCGCCCUUCGUGCUGUACCCGCUGCAGAACGGCUCCGCGCCCUGCACCGAGCUGGUGCCCAGGGCGGCCGAGCCGGGCUACCUGGUGAGCAAGGUGGUGGCGGUGGACGCGGACUCGGGCCAGAACGCCUGGCUGUCGUUCCAGCUGCUCAAGGCCACGGAGCCCGGGCUGUUCGGCGUGUGGGCGCACAAUGGCGAGGUGCGCACGGCGCGGCUGCUGAGCGAGCGCGACGCGGCCCGGCACCGGCUGCUGGUGCUGGUCAGGGACCAUGGCGAGCCCGCGCUGUCGGCCAGCGUCACGCUGCACGUGCUGCUGGUGGACGGCUUCUCGCAGCCCCACCUGCCGCUGCCCGAAGCGGCGGCCGACCCGGCGCCGGCCGACCCGCUGACCGUGCCCCUGGUCAUCGCGCUGGCGGCGGUGUCGUCGCUGUUCCUGUUCUCGGUGCUGGCGUUCAUCGCGGUGCGGCUGUGCAGGCGGAGCAGGGCCGCCUGGGUGGGUGGCUGCUCGGUGCCUGAGGGCCCCUUUCCGGGCCGCCUGGUGGACGUCAUCACGGGGACCCUGUCCCAGAGCUACCAGUAUGAGGUGUGUCUGACGGGAGACCCUGGGACUGGCGCCGGAUCCAAUGAGUUCAAAUUCUUGAAGCCAAUUAUCCCCAACCUUCCGCCCCAAGGCGCUAUCAAAGAAACAGAGGGAAACACGACCUUUCAAAGCAACUUCGGAUUCAAUUAGGAAUCUCGUCAUGAUGCAGUGUCUUUUGUAACAUCUUUAAUGUCUCCAGAUACAGAGUUUGAGAGUGUCAUGGACAAAAAUCCCACCUUGGAGUAUAGCCCGGAUUUCCCUUUUUGCAACAGGUUUGUCCAUUGGACUUUAUCUUGUCCAAUUUUGGAAAACUCAAAUCUAGACCCUUACAUUUGCAUAAUGCCAUUUCAAAUCCCCACCCCACAUGCUGGUGAUGUUCCUGUAAUGUUUGUUCCGCUUCCUGGCAUUUGUUGCGAUUAACUGUCUUAAUAAAAUGAAAUAUUAAUUGUA